CGGAGCAGCACUGCAGCUCAGUUCUUUGAGCCCUUCUUUUCAAACCCUAAACCUUUCGCACUGACGCCGGUGCUGGAGGCUGGCGGAGUCGAGGUAGACCCUUAGGUUUUUCGGUCAGUACAUCCUAGUUCUACUAUGAGUGGGCUCGGUGCGAGCGCAGCGGCGGGGGCAGUCGGAGGAGCAGCCGCCGGUGCAGCCGCGGGGUUGGGGGUAGAUAUGGACGUCUCGCCGGCUCCAGCUACAGUCGCCGACAUCAGAGACGGUUUUCGGCGGCAGCGUAGACGGACCGACACGGACGAGGACAGGCAGGAGCAGUUUGCACUAGAGCAGGAGACGGAGUGGAGGCGGACCUUGCAGCGCGAGCUGCAGCUCUCGAGUCUGGAGGGGGGUGUCCUCGAGAGCAGGACCGUCAUCGAGGGUUGGGUUAGCAGGGUUAGGGCUACGGCUGAGGAGGCGCGUGUGGCUCACGAGCAGGCUGUUGCAGAGGCAGCGGCGCUACAGGCAGCACGUGAGCAGUUUAGACAGGAGACAGAGCAGCAGCAGCAGCAGCAGCAGCAGCAGCAGCAGCAGCAGCAGCAGCAGCAGCAGCAGCAGCAGACGCAGCAGCAGCCACAGCAGCAGUCGCAGCAGCCGUUUGGUGCCACUGCUACAGGGACAGGGGUUGCUGCAGGGGCAGGGGUUGCUGGAGAGGGGGGAGAGCCGUACGCUAUCACCUCACUUCUGUUCCAGCAGGUCUUUGCUGGCGUCUUGCCGGGAGCUGCUACAGGGGGGGCAGCAGCAGGGGGUACCACUGAGGCAGCAGCUCCUGCUGACGCCACGCUACUCUCACAGGCGGCAGAGGUUUCAGCUGCUAUCCAGUCAGGUACGGUGCCGACGUACAUCUCCACCCUCAUAGAGACUGAGGCAGAGGUUCUGGCCACUGCACUGCGCGUAGUCUUCAAGACCGAGCGGGGUCUGGUUAAGACUCGCAGGCAGUUCUUCGAGGGGAGGGUAGCAGCCAGCUUCAAGAAGAGCUUCGUUCCGCAGCUGCAUCUUCACACUCCAGAGGUGCAGGCACAGGCUAACACGAGGCUUAGGGAGCUGGAGCAGCAGGUGCUGGGUCAGAUGCAGCUGAUUUUGAUCCAGGGGCAGAUGGAUGACUUGACUCACCUCCAGAGGCAGGUAUCCACCUGGCGCGGCAGGCUUGUGGAGGCGGUAGACGACCUUGUAGCCACAGCUUGCAGCGUGGGCUUUCUUGCGCAGCAGUUUGCAGCAGAGUCUUCUCGCCCUGCUGUUUGGCAGAGCAUCCAGACUCUACGGGGACGGUGUCACGCCGCUGUCGCUGACGCGCUUCUGCGGGUGGGGCUGGAGCACCAGCGGUACGUCCACCAGGAGACCACCAGGAUCGACAGGCAGCAGGCGCAGCGGACGGCCCAGCAGGAGCGGCGAGCACAGGCAGAGGGUGCGCCGGUAGACGAGGUCAUGGGGGAAUUUGUCCCUCGUGAGGUCGAGAGACAGGUCGGCGCUUGGCAGGACGAGCAGAGGGAGGCCUGGCGUCGGUUUUCUGAGCGUCUAGACCGUCUUGAGGGUCGUCGACAGGGGCAGCAGACGCAGCAGCAGCGGGGUAGGACCCGUGCUAGGGAGCCGACGGGAGAUGGCCGCCUCGAGUCCAUCUCCCCUGUUCGCAGCCGUCCACAGCCAGCCACAGCGGCGGCACAGACUGCAGGUGCCCAGGCGGCAGCCACCGCAGCUGCUACAGCGGCCCAGCAGCGCCCGGGACAGCGACAGACGCAGACCCAGGGGCAGCAGCAGGGUACAGGACAGGGGCAGCAGCAGGGUGCGGCACAGGGGCAGCAGCAGCGGCAGCAGCAGCAGCAGCAGCCGCAGCAGCAGGGUCAGCGACAGCAGCAGGCUCGCCAGCAGCAGCCACCCCAGCCGUUCCAGCAGGGCUACUUCCACCCACAGCAGCAGCCCCUCGUACACCCCGCACAGGGAGGCCCUUUUUUCUGGCCUCAGCCCCCUUUUCCUGGGGGGCACCACCUGCCCUUCUUGGGCCACCUAGCGCAGCAGCAGUUCCUUCAGCAGCCGUUUUACGGGACUCCGGCGUGGCAGCAGCCACAGCACCGCCCGGGCCCAGUGUUUCCACAGGACCAUCUGCCGCAGCAGCCCCAGGGGCAGCAGCAGACGGGGCAGCAGCAGCAGCAGCAGACGGGCCAGUAGAGGCAGACACAGGGGACGGGGUUGGUAGCCGAGGGAGGCACAGACCACGUAGGAGGCUAGAGGAGUCGGACAGGGAGCGUCUGCUUCGACGGUUUGCCAGGCGCAGUGUGCAAGAGGUCGCGGACAAGCUAACUAACGUGGCUGUCCACAACCUCUCGCGCAGGCGUCUGACAGAGGAUGAGCUUACAGGCCUUGCUCUUGGCCUUAAGUUCAUCCCUACGCCCCCUCCUCUUGACCGAGGGCGGCUGAGUCAGGCUGUGGAGCAGUAUCAGCGGCGGGUUAGGCUAGCGUGGCAGUUUCGGGACAGCCGCAGACCGGUGCCUAGGUUUCGGGUCCCACGACCUAGUUGGCAGCCGGACCCGGGGCCACCAGAGGUCGAGGAGUAUCUUGCUGAGGUAGCUGACAGGGUGGAGGGGCUGGCGGGUCUUAUAGGAGGGCCCGCUCGGCCCAACAUCAGCAGCCGCGUUAGGGGUGCACUCCUGGGGUUGAGUCGUGACCGGUCUGUUGUCAUCAAACCGGCGGACAAAAACCUUGGGAUCGUGGUACUGGAUAGGGACUGGUACGAGGGGGAGGCGCUGAGGCAGUUGGGGGACAGGGCAGUCUACGAGCCGGUUGCUGCGGUGCCGCUACGUUCCCUUUGGCAGCAGCUGUGUAGGUGGGCAGAGCAGGCGCGUUACGCAGGGGUUCCGCCACAGGUGCUGGACUACAUCUUGCAGCCGCGUACUCCGCCGACGGGGGUGUCUGCCGGGGUCUGGGAGCAGUUUCGGGUGUGCAGAUUUUACCUACUACCGAAACUGCACAAGACCCCGGUGGCUGGCAGACCCAUCUGCUCGUCUACGCUUUGGGUCUUUGAGCACGCGUCGGCGGUUCUUGAUCACCACCUCCGCCCCCUCCUACAGUUCUCACCCGCACACCUUCCUGACUCGCUCGCACUUCUUCACCAGCUUCAGGACCUCUCUGUGCCUGCUGACGCUCUCUUCCUCACUUACGACGUAGAGAGCCUCUACCCGUCGAUUCCUAUCGACGCAGGUAUCAGCUGCAUAGAGAGGUGGUUGUUUCGGCUGGUAGGGUUGGGUAGGGUGGCGGUGCGGGUAGCAGACGCGUUGGUGCAGCUGUUGGGGUUAGUCAUGAGACAGAACCACCUCGAGUUUGGUGGUCGCUUCUGGCGACAGGUUCGGGGUACUGCCAUGGGCACGCCUGUGGCGGUGAUCUACGCGGUUCUGUUCAUGGCUUGGUUAGACGAGAGGCUGUUAGAGACCGAGCCAGAGUUGUCGCAGUUCGUCCUUCUCCACCGCAGGUUUAUAGACGACGGGGUGGUUAUUUGGACGGGUACACGUGAGCGGCUCCUGGACUGGGUGCGGGCUUUCGGUGGGUUGGAGCAGACUAUUCGGUUGACCCACGAGAUCUCGACCUCACACUUUACCUUGCUGGACAUUACGUUCAGCAAGGGGGAGCUUUGGCAGAGGACGGCUGUUCUGGACACUAGUACUUUCCAGAAGCCGCUUAACGUGUACCAGUACUUUCCUUUCUCCUCCGCGCACCCCUCUCACUGCAAGAGGGGCUUUAUUUUGGGAGAGUUGCAGCGGUACAUCCUGCGGGAGUCCAGCUUUAGGGGUUACUUGGGCAUCAGGGCAGC